GCGGCAGGAGCCGGGGCGGCGGCGCUGCUGCCGGGCGGCCUUGCGGCCGGGGACAGGAUGGUGUUUGAGUCCUUGGUCGUGGACGUCCUGAACCGUUUCCUUGGCGACUACGUGGUGAAUGUGGACAGCUCUCAGCUGAAGCUGGGCAUCUGGGGAGGAGCUGUAGCACUGAAGAAUCUGGAAAUAAAAGAAAAUGCAUUGAGUCAGUUGGAUGUGCCAUUUAAAGUUAAAGCAGGACAUAUUAGUCAACUUAACCUACAGAUUCCAUGGCAAAACCUUUAUACUCAACCAGUUGAGGCAGUCCUUGAUGGAGUUUAUUUACUUAUUGUGCCCACAGCCAGCAUAAAAUAUGAUGCUGAAAAAGAAGCCAGGCAACUCUUGGAAGCAAGGCAAAGAGAAUUGCAAAGAAUAGAAGAAGCAAAGCAGAAGAUAGCUGACAGAGAUAAAGUAAAGGAAGAGAAACAAGACACUUUUGUGGAAAAACUAGUUACUCAGGUCAUCAAAAAUCUUCAGCUGAAGAUUUCCAACAUCCAUAUUCGCUAUGAAGAUGACAUCACAAAUCGUGAUAACCCCUUGUCAUUUGGGGUUUCACUUCAGAAUCUAAGUUUGCAGACCUCAGAUAAGAAUUGGAAUCCAUGUUUACAUGAUGAAACUGCCAAGUUGUUCCACAAGCUUGUGCGACUGGAUAACCUUUUUGCUUAUUGGAAUGUGAAAUCGGAGAUGUUCUACCGUGGUGGUUAUGAUGAAUCAUUGGUUAACUUAAAACAGGGAGUUGCCAGCCACAACGUGAUUCCAGACGGUUAUGAUUUUGUGUUCCGCCCAAUUUCAGCUAAAGCCAAGCUCCUUAUGAAUCCUCGAUCUGAUGUUGACUUUUCGUCACCGAAAAUAGAUUUAGAUGUAAAUUUACAGGAUAUAACUGUUGAAUUCAAUAAGCCACAGUACUUCAGUGUUAUGGAGCUUCUUGAGUCUAUUGAUAUGAUGACUCGAAAUCUGCCAUAUAGGAAGUACAGACCUGAUGUUCCAGUGCACAACAACGCCAAGAUAUGGUGGAAAUAUGUUCUUGAUGGCAUCCUUGAAGUAAAUGUUCAACCUAAGCUCCAAAUGUGGUCAUGGGAACAUAUUUCACAUCAUAGGAAGCAAGUGAAGAACUAUAAAGAGAUGUAUAAAACAAAGAUAACAUCUAAAAAACCUAAUGAAGAAAUCUUAAAAUUAUUGGAGGAAUUUGAAAAGACCUUGGAUAUUUUUAACAUCACUCUAGCAAGACAACAAGCAGAAGUUGAGGCAACUAAGGCUGGAUUGAAAAUCUACAGACCAGGAGUAAAACAAGAUGAUGAAAAUUCUGGUGGCUGGUUUAGCUGGAUAUGGAGCUGGUCGGGUGAAAAAAAGGAUAAAAAGCAAGAAAUAAAGGGUUCAAGUCUUGAAGAACUGAUGACGCAGGAAGAGAAAGCUAAACUUUAUGCAGCAAUUGGGUAUAGUGAAACAGCUGUGGAUCCAACUCUUCCAAAAUCUUAUGAAGCCAUGAAGUUCUCUGCGAACUUAUUAAGUAUGUCAAUAUCAAUAAGAGAAAACAAGCAAAGCCCUACGCUAAUAGAAUUUGCAUUAACUGACUUGAGUACAGUAUUUACCCAACGACCAGGUGCACAAGCAAUAAGGUUUGAAACAAAAAUUACCUCACUUGAAGUUACAGGUGUGUCUCAAGGAAAGUGUACAUCCAGUCUCCUGUCUUCUCGAACAGUCUAUUCGGAUGAAAGUACCUCACUUUUAAGCAUAAUGUUUGAGACUAAUCCUUUGGAUGAGAAAGCAGAUCAGAGAAUUAGAAUAGAAUCACAACCACUGGAAAUAGUAUAUGAUGCAAUAACAGUAAAUAGCUUAGUGUAUUUCUUCAGACCUCCAAAGGAUGUACAUUUAGAGCAAUUGACAUCAGCAACUCUGAUGAAACUUGAAGAAUUCCGUGAGAAAACAUCAACAGGUUUGUUGUAUAUUAUUGAAACUCAGAAAGUUCUUGACCUCAAAAUAAACCUCAUGGCUUCAUACAUCAUUGUUCCACAAAAUGGAUUCUAUGAUCAUACAUCAAAUUUACUACUUCUGGAUCUUGGUAGUUUUAAAAUGACAAGCAAAAGUCGUUCUGAUUUAUCAAAAAUCAAAGUAGGACAAACCUCUAUUGAAGAUAUAAUGUCAAGAGCUUAUGACAGUUUUGAUGUCCACCUCAGCAGUAUGCAGUUACUGUACAGCAAACAUGAUGAGAACUGGCGAGAAGCUCGGAAGCUGAAAAAUUCACCUCAGUGUAUCUUGCAGCCCUUGGAUGUAAAACUGGAAUUUAGCAGGGCUAUGGUUGUUACAGAUGCAAGAAUGCCUAGGUUCAAACUGUCAGGACAGUUGCCUUUACUUUCUAUCCAAAUAUCAGACCAGAAGGUGACAAGUAUCUUGGAGCUAAUUGAUAGCAUUCCUAAGCCAGAAAGUGCCCCUGUAACCAGCUCUCCUCCAAAAAUGACUGAGGCUGUAGCGUCCCCUAUGCUUUCAGCACCACAUGUAUCUCAAGGUGUGUAUCCUGUUUUGGAUCUUCAUUCUUUGGCUGAGUCAGAAUCAGAAGAAGAAUUUUAUGAUGCACUAAGCAGUCCUGUGGAAGAUGUGCCAUUUUUUGAAGUCCCAACUGAUUCCCUCAAGCAGGCUCUCAGUACAAGGCGGAAAACCUUACACAAACAAGAAUCUUUGAAGAAUAUGACGGAUUUUCAGCUGAAGUUUGAAGUAGCUGAGGUCUUAAUUAAAUUAUGCCGUCUGACUGGUGAUACUGAGAUGCCUGUGCUCCAGCUUAAUAUUUUAGGCUUAGGCACUGAACUUAAAAUGAGAACAUUUGACAUGACUGGGAAUGCUUUCCUUCGUGAAGUUGGUCUUCUGUGCCCAGAGUAUAUUGAUGAUAAUGAGAAGCCAGUUUACAUAAUUACUACAUUGGAUAAUGUAGAAGAUGAUCUUCUCACGCUGGAGUAUAUAAAGGCUGAUAUUAAAGGACCAGAACUGAAAACUGUCUAUCAGAAUGUUCUACAGAAAAUAAAGGUGAACUUUUCUUCUCUAGAUGUUCAUUUGCAUACUGAAGCUCUGCUGAACGCUAUGAACUAUCUGAAUAAUCUUUUACCUAAACAAGAAACUAAAGUUACAGAAGAGCCAGUCCAUGAAAAAACAGAGGAGAAGAAGGAUGUUCUUAAAAAAUUAACAUCAAAAAAAUCAAAGUAUGAAGAUGUUAUUGACCUCAUUAUCUGUGCGGAUUUAUCAUGUUUGAGUGUUUUUAUCAGAGAGAAAAACCAUAGAAUAGCUGAAAUUCAUAUUGAAGGUCUGGAUAGCCAAGUGAUCAUGAAGAAAGCAGCAACUGACAUGACUGCAAAAUUGAAGAACAUCAUUAUUGUGGAUUCUGAUGAGACAGCAUUGUAUAAAAAGGCUCUUUACAUCACAGGAAAGGAAGUCUUCAACUUCAGAAUGGUAUCAUAUGUGAAUGCUACAGAGGGCAUUGCGUAUACAAAUAUGGAUGUUGUUGACAAUCGUAUUUAUCUAACUGUUGGGUGUAUUCAAGUAGUUUUUGUCAACAAGUUUGUUUCAUCUAUUUUGGCUUUUAUCAAUAACUUUCAAGCUGCCAAGGAAGCUCUUACUGAGGCAACUGUUCGAACAGCAGAGAAAGCAGCUACAGGUGUAAAAGGGUUAGCAGAGCGUAGUUCCCGUUUGGCACUAGAUAUCAAUAUCAAAGCACCUGUCGUGAUAAUUCCACAGUCAGCAAUGUCUGCAAAUGUCCUGGUGGCUGAUCUUGGUCUAAUCACAGUGAAGAACCAAUUCUUUAUUGCUAAAACAAAAACACGAUGUAGUGUCCCACCUGUUAUUGACUCUAUGACGGUGAAAUUGAGCGAACUGAAGUUAUACAGAUCUUACUAUGAGCAAGAUUCUUUGCAAACUGAAGUACAGUUGCUGCAGCCAGUCAGUCUGGAAGUAGCUGUUGAACGAAAUUUAGCUGCUGCAUGGUAUAAUGAAGUUCCUGAUAUUGAAAUAUCUGGCAGACUCAAACCUAUGAAUCUAAUUCUAAGUCAGGAAGAUAUUACCACAAUACUGAGGACACUAAAUGAAAAUGCAGGUGAAGGCUCUGGUACAUCAACAGCUUUGCCAGAAGCAAAAGCAUCAACUAGUCAUUCUAGUGAAAUGCAUGGUACUUCUCAGCACUCUACAGGUGUAACUGUUGUGACAUCAGCUGUGGUGGAAUUGCACUCACCUAUGAAAAUAAAAACAACACUAAAACUGGACUUCAGAUUUGACUCUCUAACUUUAGUGUUGUAUAGUCCAAAUUCAAAACAGGUUAACAGUUUGGAUCAGAGAGAUGACCUUUUGAAGCUUGCAGAGUUUAAAUUAGAUCUCAUGUCAGCUGCUCUGAAAAUGUUAUCGGAUGGUUCAAUGAAUGCUUCAGUCAAACUGGCAAAUUGUACAUUAGAUGAUAAAAGACAGUCGAUCCAGAAGGCUACACCAAGAAUGGUGGAAAUGAAACAUGGAUUUGAAAAAAAGGUUAUGAUGGAUGUAAAUUACAAACAGGGGAGAGAUGGCACUGUUUUUGAUGUUAUUGUUCAAGAGAUAUAUCUUUGUGCAAGCAUGGAGUUUCUACUUACUGUAGCAGAUAUAUUCUUAAAGGCUAAAGCAGAAAGUGCUGCUGCACAGAAAAAUCUCAAACAGUCGUUACCUGUAAAGGACCAAGCAUCUGUGCAGCCUGUAUCUACGAUGGAAAUGAACAUUGUUGUUAAAAAUCCAGAGAUUGUGUUUGUGGCUGAUUUAACAAGAAGUGAUGCUCCUGCGUUGGUGGUUACAACACAGUGUGAAGUCUUCAUUAAAAGUAGCCCUGAAAGGUACAACAUGACAGCUGCUGUUAGAGAGAUACAGAUGAAAGCAUGCCCAUUUCUUCCAGAAGAAAGGAAAGAGAACAUUACUACGGUAUUGCAACCUUGUGACUUCUUCUUUGAAAUGAAACAGUCAGGUACUAAUCCACAGACAGCUGAUCUAACCAUUAAAUCUCUAACGAUAGAAGUUUCACCGAUAAUAAUAAACACAGUAAUUACUAUUACAUCAGCCCUUUAUCAAACUACAGAAACAACGAAUGAAGAGAUUAGUCAAAUUCCUCCUGACUUGUGGAAUAAGAAAGAUAUAAAAAAUCUGAAAUUGUGGUUUCUUGAAGAGACUAGUGAAAAUGAAGAUAAAAAUCCAAACACUGAACUGGUUCCUACAGGAGAGUCAUUGAAAAUUAAUAUAGAAUCUGUUUUUCUAACACUUGAAGCUGGAGUUGGGCACAGAACAGUGCCAAUGCUUUUAGCCAAGUCCUCAUUUGUUGGAGAAGUCAAGAACUGGAGUACUCUAAUCAACCUACAUUCUCGUCUUGAGCUGGAGGUACACUAUUUUAAUGAGAUGUUUGGCGUGUGGGAACCUUUGCUUGAACCACUAGAAGUUGAGAAGACUGACUUAUUCAAGCCAUGGACUCUUGAAAUCAAGAUGAAGAAGGCUAAAAAAGUGCUGUUUGAAUCAGAUGAUGAAGAAGAAGAGAACUACAAAGUUCCAGAAUAUAAAACAGUAAUAAAUGUUUCCUCAAAAGACCAGCUCAACAUUACACUGUCCAAGUUAGGACUGCAGAUGUUAAGUAACUUGGGCAUGGCAUUUGCUGAAGCAGCUAGUCAAACUUCAGACAUCUUCAAAAAAGACCGAGCACCAUUUGUAAUAAUAAAUUCUUUAGGAGUUCCCAUCACGGUCACACCUAGUGAUUCCUUCAGUGUCCUUAAUGUUAAGUUUGGAGCAAAAAUAUUUCAUUUAGAAGACAAAGAGAGUUUAAAUAUGGAAUUUGUCAGAACUAGAGAUGAGAGUGACCAAUUCACAGCAAUGACAACUAUGAGUAGCAAGAGAUUUUACAUUCAGAUCUGUCCUUAUAAUCAUUCUACUGUGGAAAAGAUUCCAUUGACUAAAGUGGGUCGAUGUAUUUACAAAGUGAGGCACGAAUCAGGUGUUGAAAGGUCCAUUGUCAGUCAAAUUGACACUGUUGAAGGAAGCAAGAUGAUAACGAUACGUUCCCCUGUUCAGAUAAGGAAUCACUUUUCGAUCCCAUUCAAUGUUUUUGAAGAAGGAAGAUGUUUAGGGACCGCUUCACCAGCAGAUGAAUUCAACAUACCAUUUUCCUCUUACAGGUCCGUAUUGAGUUUGCAGCCAUUACCCAAUGAAAACGGAGUGGGAGAAUAUAGUAUGUGUGAAGGAAUUACGUUUGAUGAAAUUAUGCAAAAUGUUGACUGUUUAUUACAAAGGAAAUGCCAGUCUGUGAGAUCAACUAAGCAAUCACUUAUCAUCAAUAUUGUUCCUGUAAAAGAUUCAUUGACAACUUCAUUAGGUGCAGAAGAUGAAUGGGAUUUUCCAUACGUUGUUCAUUUAUGGCCUUCUGUUCUUCUCCGCAAUCUUCUUCCUUACCAAAUUACUUAUUCUGUAGAGGGAAAUGGGAACAAAUACGACACUCUACAAGAGGGAUGUUCUGCACAGAUUCAUAAUGCAAUCUUGGACCAAACAAAACUAGAUUUGCAGUUGCUUAACUACCUUGAUCAAAACUGGAGGAGUGAGUACCAUAUAAAAAGCAACCUGCCUGAUAUCAGCUUCACGACAUUUCACUGUGUCACAGAGCUGGAUAAGACUGAACUGGAUAUUGCUGUUCACGUGACCUACACAACUGGGCAGAUGAUAAUAGCAAUUCACAGUCCCUACUGGAUGGUGAAUAAAACCGGUCGAAUGUUGCAAUACAAAGCUGAUGGUAUUCAUCGCAAGCAUCCUCCAGAUUACAAAAAGCCCCUCCUUUUUUCUUUUCAGCCUAAAAACUUCCUUCAAAAUAAUAAGGUGCAGCUUAGGGUAACUGACAGUGGAUUGUCUGAUCAGUUUUCACUGGACACUGUUGGAAGUCAUGGUUCUGUGAAAUGCAAGAGUCAUAAAAAGGAAUAUCAAGUUGGUGUCACCAUAAACAACAGCAGUUUUAAUAUUACUAGAAUUGUAACCUUCACUCCAUUUUUUAUGAUUUCAAAUAGAAGUAAAUAUACUUUGGAGGUAGCUGAAGAAGGCAAGGAAAAGUGGAUUCCCAUUGUUUUGCAACAGUGGUGUGAGAAACAAUGGGAAAGGGAACUUAGUGGCAUGUGCAUUCCCUUUUGGCCUGAAAAUGGUGCCAACAAACUCCUUGUUAGAGUUGAAAAUUCUGAUCUUCCUCCAAAGAAGAUAAAUUUUUAUCAGCAAGAAAACUGUCUUUUAUUGCAUUUGGACAAUAAGCUUGGAGGAAUUGCAGUGGAUGUUAAUCUGACUGAACAUUCUACAGUGAUUACCUUUUCUAAUUACCAUGAUGGUGCUGCUCCAUUUCUGUUGAUAAACCACACCAAAGAGGAUAUUGAGUAUGGACAAAGCUCCCUCAGUGAAUUAGAAGACUAUCUUCAACCAAAUAAGGCAGUAUUGUAUACUUGGGCAGACCCAACAGGAUCUAGGAAAUUAAAAUGGAGAUGUGGAAACAGAAUUGAGGAAAUUGGUCCAAAAGAGGACAAAAUGGACAUACUCACUGUGGGUUCCAGAAAAGCGGUCUAUUUCAUGUCAUUUUAUGAAGGUUUGCAGCGUAUUGUCCUGAUCACUGAAGAUGAGAAUGUAUUUAAACUGACAUAUGAAAGUGUAAAAGCAGAGCUAGCUGAACAAGAAAUUGUUUUGUCUUUGCAAGAUGUUGGGAUUUCGCUGGUUAAUAAUUAUACAAAACAAGAGGUGUCCUAUAUUGGAAUUACAAGUUCUGAUGUGGUGUGGGAGGCAAAACCCAAGAAGAAGUCAAGAUGGAGACCAAUGAGUGUUAAGCAAAUUGAUAAAUUAGAACAAGAAUUCAGAGAUUACAGUGAACUGAGUCCUUCAGAGCAUAAGAUUAUUGAGUUGGAAUCUAAUGUUUUGGUAUGUUUAACUCCUAAUGGAAUGAACAUGACGAUGCAACAACCAAAUGAGAUUCCUAUCAGAAGAAAUUAUCUGCCAGCUUUAAAAGUGGAAUACAGUUCCUCUGCACAUCAGAAGUCUUUCAGAAUUCAAAUUUACAGGAUACAAAUACAAAACCAGAUUCCUGGAGCCAUAUUUCCCUUUGUGUUCUAUCCUAUUAAACCUCCAAAGUCCAUCACCUUGGAUUCAGCACCAAAACCAUUUACUGAUGUCAGUAUUGUCAUGAGAACUGCAGGACACUCACAAAUAUCUCAUAUUAAGUAUUUUAAGGUUCUGAUUCAAGAGAUGGAUCUCAGAUUAGAUCUUGGCUUCCUGUAUGCAAUUGGAGAAUUCUUUGCACAGACUGAUGUGCCAAGUGACCAAGAGCUACAACGUUUCAAAAAGGAUGUUGAAUCUCUUCAAGAAGAACUAAUGAGUGUGUCAUCAAUGGAUACGUCACAAAUCAGCUUGUAUGAAUACUUCCAUAUCUCUCCAAUUAAGUUACACUUGAGCUUUUCACUCAGUACGGGUGGAGAAGAUAGUAACAAAGAAGAAAGAAAGAAUGAAUUGAUACCAUUUCAGUCCUUGAAUCUCCUGCUGAAGAGUAUAGGGGCCACCCUUACAGAUGUACAAGAUAUUCUCUUUAAGUUGGCAUUCUUUGAGCUCCAGUAUCACUUCUGGACUACACAGCAGCUCCAAUCAGCAGUUGUAAGGCAUUAUUCAAAACAGGCAAUUAAACAGAUGUAUAUUCUUAUUCUUGGCCUUGAUGUGUUGGGUAAUCCAUUUGGAUUCAUAAGAGGCUUGUCUGAAGGAGUAGAAGCUUUCUUCUAUGAGCCAUACCAGGGAGCCAUCCAGGGUCCUGAGGAAUUUAUAGAAGGAAUGGCAUUAGGAUUUAAAGCACUUGUAGGAGGAGCUGUGGGUGGAUUAGCAGGAGCUGCCUCAAGAAUCACAGGUGCUAUGGCAAAAGGAGUAGCUGCAAUAACUAUGGAUGAGGAUUACCAGCAAAAAAGGAGAGAAGCCAUGAAUAAACAACCCACUGGUCUGAGAGAGGGUAUCACUCGUGGUGGAAAAGGACUAGUUUCUGGUUUUGUCAGUGGCAUAACAGGAAUAGUUACAAAACCAAUAAGAGGAGCUCAGGAAGAAGGAGCAGCUGGUUUUUUCAAAGGUGUUGGAAAAGGCUUAGUGGGAGCAGUAGCGAGGCCCACUGGUGGAAUCAUAGAUAUGGCAAGCAGCACAUUUCAGGGUAUUAAAAAGGUUGCAGAUGCAUCAGAAGAUGUGAUAAGCCUGCGACCACCUCGCUUCUUUGGUGAAGAUGGAGUUAUUAGACCUUACAGAUUACGAGAUGGGACUGGAAGUCAAAUGUUACAGAAAAUUGAAAAUGGAAGAUUUGCAAAACUCAGAUAUAUUGCACAUGCUAUGGUCAACAGUACAGAUCUGUUAAUGGUAACAAAAAGCGGUGUGUUAUUUGUGACAAAAGGGGCAUUUGGACAGCUGACAUGUGAAUGGCAAUACACUUACGAUGAAUUUACCAAAGAACCAUUCAUCGUUGAUGGUCGAAGAUUGCGCAUUGAAGCCAAGGAACGAGUUAAGUCUGUCUUCCAUGCCAAAGAAUUUGGAAAAAUUAUUAAUUUUAGAAGUCCAGAGGAUGCUAAGUGGAUCCUUUCUAAACUAGAGGAAGUACGAGAAAAUCAACCGAAAUUCUAAUGAAUGGAGAAGCACCAAGAUAUUAAGAACACUGAACAGCUACCUUUUAAUUCCUCUUUCAUGAGCAGAACUGUUUGAAUAUCAUCAACAAAAGCAAAAACAGGAGGAAGGGAAAAUUUGUCCAGUUAUUUAUUAUAGUCACAACAGUCUAUAUCAGAAAAGUAGAUGAUGUUAGCUUGAAAAAAAUUACGUAAUGAUAGAAAAAAAUAUGCCAAGUUUUGUCUUGGUUUGCUUGAUUUUUUAAUGUAAGAAUUUCAGAUUUCAUUUUUUAUAUAAGCAGUAUAACGUGAGUUUGUCUUUACCUUUGAUACUGAAAUUGAACUCUGGAAUAAUUCUUAUGAUACUAUUUGGAGCAAAUCUUGCAGCUUUGAUUUGACUGUGGAAAUCAGUACAUACUAUGUUUUGGUUUUAAUGUGACUUGAGGUUGUGUUGAAAUACAAAUUUCUUUGUGAAAGGAAAUGUUAACUCUCCAGUGUUACAACUCAAAAUAUAAGAAGGAGGCUGCUGAUCGGAGAAUUUGAAUUUAGGUCAUAAGUGUCUACUUAGUUGACAAUACUAGGGCUUUUUGUAAAUGAAUGGACCAGGUCACAAUUAAUUUACAGUACAGUAUCACUUUUAGUGUAAACUUUUUUAUAUCCUACUCAAGGAAAUGUUGCAGCACCUCUAUCAAUUAUUACAGAAAAUUUAACAGUUUACAAAAAUGCAUAUUGGGGAGAAUUAACUCUGCACUAAAAAUAUUAAUAAGAGCCUAUUAUUUUAAGUAGAAGUUAGUAGCUGUCUUGCAAGUCAAGAAGGAGUUUAUGGGGUUAUAAGUGCACUGUUGCAUACCAAAUAUAAAUGCCUUGAAUUGCACAAUAUUGUGUGCUAAGCAAAUGACUACUGAAGUCAAAUUUAUAUUAAAUAAUAAAUAUAAUAUGUCACAGUUGCUUUUAUUAACUUUUCUUACCCAAUGAAACUUCUUUGUUUCAUACCCAGGCAGCAGCAUUUUAUUAGCUUGAAUAUCUGCACUUCUGUUUAUUUCUUAGAUGUAGUAGUAAUAGUGUUGUUGAAUGAUUGUUUACUGCAGUUGAUACAAAAAGUACAUGGAAUGAUAGUGUUACAUGAAGGUUUCCAUAAAUUCCCAAAUCAAAGUCUUCAAAAUAUCUUGUACAUACAGAAAGCACCUACUGCCAAAAUAUGAUUUCCAAACAAUCGUUCGGAAUAUUUAUAGCAACAGAUAUAAUUCUAACAUUGCUGGUGAUGCUUGAAGUAUACAAAUUGUUCUGUUAAUCUAAAACAACUAGCAUGUAACCUAUAGUUGCAGAUGUUUAAUUUACUGUAAGUCUUGCCAUUGGUGUUGAAUAACCAUUUAGCAGGUUACAAAAUGCAGGUAAUUUUGCAAUUUUCUCCAUAAAUUGUAAAUUGAAUAAAAAUACUAUAAGGGGAUCCAAAACUAUUAUAAUAAUGGUAUUAUUCCAAUCAUUUUGUACACCAAGUACAUACCAAGAGUUUUAACUCAGGUUAUACCAUGCCAAACUUCCAUACUUUGCCUUAGAUAAGUGGUGGUUUCAAGUGCACUGAGUAUCAUCCUUUAUCUGUCGCUUGUUUUUCAUCUAUCAUUUCUGUCUUAGGCAUGAUAGUUUGUUUAAUAGCCUCAUAACAUUCUUGAUAAGUAUGUGAUCUCCUCUGCAUCCCCGGCAUUUACAGAGUACCUGCUGCAAAUUUCACAAUACGUCUUGUACUUUGUACAUUCCCAUUUGUGUGUGGCUUUUCCAUUUAUCUGAUUCUAAAUAUUUCGUCUCCAUAGAGCCUCUAUUUUAAUUAUUUCUUCUGUUUUGUUAAUAAACUCUGAUUCUGACAUCUCAACUGGCUCUUCAGUAAUAUUUCAGCAACUUAACUCUUAAUGUUGAAGGAUUUAUUUUAAAUGUGCAUACUUGUGGUUAAGCACCUCAUGUUUUGGAGAACAUAACAAUUCCCCCAGAAUAGCAUUUUUUCUUAUAAACUAGAAAAUAUUUUGGUCUUCUUCUAACUAAAAGCCUUAAGACAGGGUCUAAACUGUCCAGAAGUCAGUGUGGGACUUCUCUUCCACAUCCCUUGGUUUCCACUUGAAAUGAAAGUAGGAUUUUCUAUAGGUCCCUUUUCUAGUCUGUAAAUCUGUCUUUUGACUUUGUUUUUUUUGAGAAAGCUUUCUCCAUAUAGUCAUGAAAGGGUUUCACCAUUUCUUGGCAAACACCAGUUGUCUCCUUUAACUAUAUAUCGCCCCAGGGUGAAGAGAAAGGUAUUUAGACUUGUGCCAUUGUGUAAUUUUCUGAAUUACUGCAGGUUGUAUGAGAUGUCUACUCUGCUGUGCCUCAUUCCUUAUUGCAAUAUACAUAUUUUUUCAACAAGAAGGCUGAGUAGGUGUGUUAAUUUUUAUUGAAAGUGUAUAUGCAACUAGAAAAGGGGAUCUUGAUAAAAACUGAAAUGUAGGCAUUUAGUUCUGCCCAUUGUGGUGUUUAAAAGUGUAUCUUGGCCUUUACUGAAGUGCUGAAGAACUACUCCUCUUCUGUAUGACUGUUAUGUAAACUUAAUAUGUUUGAGAAACAUCAUUUGGGUUCUCAGUUUGCUAAGGGUUACAAUUACCUCUAAGAAAUUGCUGAAGCAUUUGUAAGUCUGUUGCACUUCCUUUUUGUUCAGCUGCAUGGCUUUCAUGGCAUGGCUUUCUUGAUUUCUACCCCAUCCUAUCCCCCACUUCUUAAUCUUUAAUAAAGUGAAACUGAAUUUUAUUUGACUGAAA